AUGGCAUAUGCAUUAUUGCAUUUAGGAGAGGAUUUGAGAGAUGCAGCAGGUUUGAUAAAUGAGGCAGGGGGCAAGCAGGAGAUAGACCUUACCGACAUUCCGGUACAGUUGCAAGAAUACAUCAACGCAAUCAAGGAUGCAGCAGAUAAAGAGUCAAAUGAGGCUGUUCAAAGGAAGAUUAACGCUUGGAUAGCAGCUACGCUUACAGGAAUUGAGCGACCUUGUCUCCAUUGA